ACAAUUUACAUACUUGCUCUUUCACCCACACAAACACACUUUUUUCUUUUCUUUUCUUUUUUCUUUUCUUUUUUCUUAAAUUAAUCUAUUCUAUAAUAAUGGCAUUUCGACAAGUAUUUAUUGUUUCAGCCAAGAGAACUCCAUUUGGUACUUUUGGUGGAAAAUUUAAAGAUCUCACAGCUGCCGAAUUGGGAGCAUUAGCGUCAAAGGCUGCUAUAGCUGACUUGCCUCAGAAUGUACCUAUUGAUUCAGUUAUUUUUGGUAACGUGCUUCAAACGGAUAUAGCAGGUGCUUAUGUAGCAAGACAUAUUGGACAUCGUACGGGCUUACCUGUCACUGUUCCUGCCUUGACUGUCAAUCGUUUGUGUGGUUCAGGUCUUCAAAGUGUGGUGAAUGCAGCACAUGAAAUUAUGCUAGGUGAAAGUGAAGUCGUAUUGGCUGGUGGAACAGAGAACAUGUCCUUGGCUCCCUUUUCACUCUCAGGUACCUCUCGUUGGGGGAUUAAAUUGGGAAAUGAUCCUAAGCUUCAAGAUACCCUUUGGACUGCUCUUACGGACCAAUAUCCUAAACCUACGCCUAUGGGUAUUACUGCUGAGAACCUUGCUGAAAGAUAUCAUAUUUCAAGACAAGAAUGUGAUGAAUAUGCAUUUACAAGUCAAAGUCGAUAUGAAAAAGCUGCAAAAGCGGGUAUUUUUAAGGAUGAAAUUGUUCCUGUUGAAAUAAAAGGUCGUAAAGGCCCUGAAAUUGUGGACGUGGAUGAGCAUCCUCGCUUUGGUUUAAAGAUAGACAAUUUGACAAAGUUGAAACCUGUCUUUAAGAAAGAAGGUGUAGUAUCAGCCGCAAAUGCUUCAGGCAUCAAUGAUGGUGCUGCUGCUCUCAUUGUUGCAAGUGAGGAUGCUGUUAAAAAGUACAAUUUGACGCCUUUAGCACGUGUCGUAAGUUGGCAGGCUUCUGCAGUGGAACCUACUUUGAUGGGUAUUGGACCUGUCCCUGCUAUUCACGGUGCUUUAAAACGUGCCCAGUUAGAAUUAAAGCAAAUGGGUUUAGUUGAAAUCAAUGAAGCCUUUGCUGCUCAAUAUUUAGCUUGUGAAAAAGAGCUUGGAUUAGAAAGAGAGAUUGCAAAUGUGAACGGGGGUGCAAUCGCUGUUGGUCAUCCUUUAGGUGCUUCAGGUGCUCGUAUCUUAACUCAUUUGUCUCAUGCUCUUCAGCGCACAAAGGAAAAAUAUGCUAUUGGUUCUGCUUGUAUUGGCGGUGGACAGGGCGUUGCUGUUGUUUUGGAAAGAGUUUAACCAAAGGAGCUUUACUUAUUAGAAACUAUUAAAAAAAAAAAGUCAAUGAUGUUUACCCUUAUUCUUUUAUUUUCAAUUAUUCAUUUACCUUCAAAUUCUAAUGAAUUAAUUCCUUAAUAAGUUUAAAAAAUUCUAAAUUUGAAAUAUGAGAUUCUUUUUCAUUUAAGUUUGUACCAGUG